ACAAAACGUCCGACUAUUAGAAUAAUGAUCGGCUACUUAAAUAUUGAAAGUAUUUAUAUGAAGGGAAACCUGUCUUUUGAAUAAGACUUAUUUCAAAAUCAACUCAUCAGAUUUGUGUGAGUUCUAAAGUGAACAUAGUCGAAUUGUGAAAUGGCUUUCUUCAAUCUUAUGAUGAAAACGGUGCUGACCAAUCUGGUCUCAUUAGAUAAGCCACCUUUGCUGAUAGCUGGAGGUGGUGUCAGCAUUAAAGAGGAACCUUUUUGGAAUACAAAGAAGAUUGUUGAUGUAUCACCUCCUGGUCUUCCUGUUUCGGUCGAUUUUCACUGGGAAAAACAAUUCAUAUACUAUUCUGAAAUGCCAGCUGGAGACUUAUAUAGGGUAAAACUUGGAGAUGAUGGGAGAGUAUCACCUAAAGAAAAUAUCAUCACUACUGAAUUAAUGGACUUUUCUCAAUAUGCUGUAGACUGGGUACAGGAUAAAAUUUUCUGGAUAGACAUUAAGAAGAAUGAUACUUUGUAUGUAUCAAAUCUUGAUGGAACAAUGACCAAGACACUGGCGGUUUUAAAUCGACUUGUCAGUAUCUCGAAACCGAUACUGGAUCCGUAUAAAAAAUAUAUUUAUUUUACUUCAAUCAAUGGAAUAGAGAGAAUAGGAAUGAACGGCCUGGACAGAAAGGUUAUUUAUAGCGGUAUUUUCUUCAUGGGAACAGAUGUAGGUUCCGAUAUGGCCAUUGAUUUCCAAACUGAUCGAAUAUAUUAUAAAGAAAAAAUGUAUUCUAGAAUUAGCUCGAUGAAAUCCGAUGGUACCGAUAACAGACAAGAAGUGAAAAAUGUUUACAAGAGUAAAUUUCUCAUCUGCUAUCAGGGUAACUUGUAUUACCUUGGUUCUUAUUAUGACAUGGACACAUUCAUGCGCUACAAUCCUUCAACCGGAAUGACAACUCAGCAAGACCUUGAACACAAUUUGUGGGAUUACAAGAUAUAUCAUCCGUUUGCACAGGCAUCAGGUACAAAUCCCUGUGGUAGCAACAACGGUGGCUGUACUCACUUGUGCUUACCUAAUCAUAAAGGAGAACCAGCGUAUACCUGCGAAUGUCCGGACAAAUAUGAGAAACAAGGCAGCACAUGUGUUGAAUCCCCCUGAUUAUAUUCCUUUGAUGUAUUCAUAUUAUCCCUUUAUCUAA